GUGUUUGUUUUGAUCAUUUGCUUUGGUGUCACCAAUGGCGUGAGGAGAGAGCGAGAGACAGCGAGAGAAAGAGAGAGAGAGAGAGAGAGAUGAUGCCCACAAUGGCGACCGAAGGUACGUUCGAAAACCUUUGGUUCCUUAUCCGGGGACUACCUCUCACUCUGCUAUUGGGCCGUGGGGUCACGUGGUAAAAGUAACUUUACAGGGCUGCUCGCAAGUAGGAGGGCUUUAUGGAGCAGAAAAACGACAAAGCUAGAAAAAUUAUUUUCCACUCCAGAAAUUAAUGAUCAUGAGCUCGUAUUUGAUGGACUCUACCUACAUUGAUCCGAAAUUUCCUCCAUGCGAGGAAUAUUCACAAAACAGCUACAUCCCCGACCACAGCCCCGAAUAUUACAGCCGCGCAAGGGACCCUGGCUCUGGUUACCAGCAUCACCAUCAGGAGUUAUACCCUCCGCGGGCGAGCUACCAAGAGCGCCAAUAUAACUGUGCAAGCAUCCCUGAACCUGACACGCAAAGUGGACAUGGACUACCCCAUACUGCGCACCUGCUUGCAGGGAAAGGGCAGCCAGCCUCAUGUGAGACCCCACAGCUACCCAUGUCCCCCACCACCCCACCGGCUGCAUCCUCCGCCUGCAACCAAGCUACACCGGAGCAUCCAAACAGCUCAGCCUCCUCCAAGCAGCCCGUGGUAUACCCAUGGAUGAAGAAAAUUCACAUCAGCACUGCGAACCCGAAUUACAAUGGUGCGGAUUCCAAGCGGUCUCGGACAGCCUACACUCGACAGCAGGUCUUAGAAUUGGAGAAGGAGUUCCACUAUAACCGCUAUUUAACUCGGCGGAGGCGCAUUGAGAUAGCUCAUACAUUGGUUCUCUCCGAACGACAAAUCAAAAUUUGGUUUCAGAACCGCAGGAUGAAGUGGAAAAAAGACCAUAGGCUUCCUAACACCAAAGUGAGAUCCUCCACCACGGGCGUAUCCUCGGGGUCCAACACAACCUCAUCAACCGGCGCUGUCGCCACUUCCUCGGCCACUGGUGCCAUUAUUCCAAAUGAACUUUCCGGAGGAGAGGAUGGCGAGGAUAUUACAACGUUAUAAGGCGAACAAAACACAAAACACUUCAAGAAGGGAGAUAGAGAAAUGACUGAUUAUUUAUAGAAUAAAAUAAUCAGUCAUAUAGAAUAUAUUUUGUUUUCGUAGCUAUUUGUGUGGUUUCAUUUAAGUCCAAAGUUAUAUAAAAUGCAUGUUAUAUAGCAUGGAUUUAUGCGAAAACCGAUGGAUUCUUUUUACGCGACACAGGGUUUAAGUUAUUUCAUGCUGAAUCAAAAUGAUGUUUUUAUGAGAAAAUGUUUUGAAUGAAGGAAAAAAAUUGUAGGCCUACAUUUGAUCUAAAUGUUAUGGUGGGCCAUUCGUUUGCCCUGCUGCCCAAGGUGAAAUGCACAAUUUAUUUAUUUUAAGCGGAACACUGGAAGAAUAUCAUUAUUAUCAUAGUUAUUUUUGGUAAAAAUGCUGGAACAAGGUGAAUUACCUCGCGUAUUUCAAAAACAGGAUUUUGAAUUACAAUUUAGUUUGUGGUGUUUACGUUGUGUUUAGCAGGUUAUUGUAAAAUGCAAUAAACAGAGUUUAGUGUAUUUGUGAUAAUCAUAUUGGUCAAUAAAACAGUGAAUGUCUACUAGUUUUUUUUCAUGUUUAGAUGGAUUUUAUUCAUGACCAAUCGAGGUCAAGUGUAAUUUAUUUUGAUAACAGAAGCUCAUCCUAUGAUGUGGUGAACGUUAUUUC